CGGGACGGCAUUCGCGUGGGCCACGCCGUGCUCGCCAUCAACGGCGCCGAGGUGAACGGUCGCUUCACGGCGGACGGGAAGGACGUGCUGGAAUUCCUGGGGAACCCCGCCAACUACCCAGUGUCCAUCCGCUUUGGCCGCCACCGGCUCUCCUCCAACGAGAAGCUUAUGCUGGCGUCCAUGUUCCACUCGCUGUUCGCCAUCGGGUCACAGCUGUCACCUGAAGUUGGGAGCUCCGGGAUCGAGAUGCUGGAGACCGACACCUUCAAGUUGCACUGCUUCCAGACACUGACAGGGAUCAAAUUCAUGGUUCUCGCUGACCCAAGGCAGACAGGGAUAGAUGCUCUUCUCCGCAAAAUCUAUGAGAUUUACUCAGACUUCGCUCUGAAGAAUCCUUUCUACUCCCUGGAGAUGCCAAUAAGGUGUGAGUUGUUUGAUCAGAACUUGAAGCUUGCUCUGGAAGUGGCAGAGAAAGCUGGACCCUUUGGACCUGGAUCAUAGAGAAAGCCUCACCUGUUGUACAGAUUCGUCUGAAGAGUGGGGCCUCUGUCUUCCCUGGCUGGCCUCUCACAAAGCUCCCCUCUUCACAGCAGAAACUGCAUAUCCCCAAGACAUGCUUUAGUAUCUCCCAAAAUACUGGUUCAUUCCCUUCGUUGUGAAAUGUACCUUGAACAGAUUCCUUAGUACUGUUGACAUUGGGCCACAGGGCCUUAUUUUGCUGUUGCAGCUGUGCUGCACUUGGGUGAUGGAGAAAGGGCAGGUCUGCGGCCUUACCACAGUCAGUGCUUUUCUUUCCUGUCAUAAAUGUACAUAUAUAUUCUUCCUGUAUAACUCUAACUUCUGGUCUUGCAGAGGGUUUCUGUACAGAAGUAAUAAGUGUUUAUUAAUGAGGCAAA